UUCUCAUCUCCCUGUACCCAGCUGGCUAUUAUAUUAUAUCAUCCGCUCAACCCUGUUGUUACCCCAUUUUUUUCCCUUCGCUCCCACUUCUAUCCACCUACUACUUUUCUCUUAACCUCCCCUCGUGGCCUUUAUCUUUCUGAUUAUUUCCAAUUGCUCCCUGCACCUACACUACUGCUUUUAGACCCCCGCCAGUCUUCAAAGUUUGAUAUCAACUUUGUUCACUGCGUUCAUGUCUACCGGGCCACUUUUUGUUUGAGCCGCGGCCCCUCCACACCGACCGAAGAAUUGCGGCGACCAACCUGCCGAUCCCCCUUCCAAAAAUCCCCCAGUCCCAGAUGUUCCACACAUUCCAAUCGUCGGUAGGACUUCGGUCGCCUGGAGCAGAUGGAGAUGGCACUACCAACAAGCCUACUCGUGCAGCGGGUUCGCGACGAAUAUCCACAAGCAAUGCAUGUGUCGAAUGUAGACGCCGCAAGAUUCGCUGUGAUGGCACCCAGCCCUGCGGGCAAUGCCAGUGGUACCAACAUCCCGAAGCGUGCGGGUAUUCCAAGCCAGCUCAAAGGGUUGUCCCGAGCAGAAAGCUAGUCGAUAAGCUAUCGAACAACAUUGAGCAGUACAAGGCCGUGCUUGCUAAGCUGUAUCCAAGCAAGGAUCUAGAGUCCCUGACUUCUAUGCCCCGCGAAGAACUUUUGGAAUUGGCACUUUCCAGUCCAGCUGUAGCAACCUCUCCUCAAGGGGAGAAUGCUCAAGCGAUAUCCGAGGUCGUCUCCCAUGGCUCGGAAGGCGCCGAGAGUCUCGAGGCACUCGAACAGGCACCUCAGGAGGACCCUUAUUGGGAUGAACAACGCAAACACAUUGGCCGAGUCCAAGGGAUCUCUGACGAUGUCAACGGCCUGUCUAUGUCCGUGGAUAAACUGUCUUCCUACGUCGGCAUCUCCUCCAUCACGGCAGCUCUCAAAGUCAUCGUUCGAUGCGCACCACAUGCGAAACCCAUGAUUGCUAGUAAUAAUCAGGAGACGGCCGUCCCCAGUCGAGCUGGAUCACCUCCUCCUGAGCUGUUGGACACCAGUCCGUUGGCACUGCCCACGCCCGCCCAAGGUCAAGAACUCAUUGAGAGCUACUUUGAACGAGUGCAUCUCUUCUUUCCUCUCAUCGAAGAGCGCAAAUUCUGGUCUACGUAUAUGUACAGCAACCGGAAAGACUCGCCAUGGCUGGCACUGUUGAACAUGGUCUUCGCACUGGGAUCGUUGGCGUCAUCGACCUCGGACAACGAAGCCCAUUACGUCUACUUUAUUCGGUCACGCAAGCAUCUCACUUUGGAAUCCUUCGGCAGUGGGAACCUGGAAGUGCUGCAGGCUUUGGCGAUCAUGAGCGGGUACUAUAUGCACUAUCUAAAUCGACCAAACGAGGCGCAUUCGCUUAUGGGCGGCACCCUUCGCAUGGCUACUGCAUUGGGCCUGCAUCGCGAGUACUCGGACUGCAAAGGUGAAUCUAGCAAGUAUCUCAAUGUGAAGACCCCAUCAGAAACAGACUCCAUCUCGCCCGAGAUGCGGAGGCGAAUAUGGUGGAGCCUGUUCUGUCUCGAUGCCUGGGCGUCAACGACCACAGGAAGACCUUCACUUGGAAGAAUGGGGCCCUCUAUAACGGUUCUUCCACCUGGCUCAAUAAGAAACGCGGCUACCCCUACCCCGCUGCAGCCCAGCACGCCGCAAUACAUUGAACAGCUCAAGGUGCUUCCUUUGGUCCAUAACGCCGAAUUUUGCAAGAUAGCCACCAAGAUCCAGGAUCGGCUUGUCGAGAGCCCAUUACUCACCCCUUCCGAAACUUCCGCAUACGACGAUGAGAUACUUCGCUGGUACGACGAACUACCCAGUAUCCUGUCCGACAUGGGCGAGUCAUGUCCGGAUUUCCUCCGACGCGUCCGCCAUGUCAUGAAAUGGCGAUUCCAGAACAUCCGACUCGUGCUGCACCGACCGGUUUUACUGAACACCGCCCUCAGACGCUGUGCCUUUGUGAACCUCAGCGCAGAGGAGAAAGUCGCAGUGGGCAAGUGUCGACUCGUUGCUGCGAAGACCAUCGAAGACAUUUCGAGCGAGUGCCUACCCGAUCUGAUAUCGGGAUGGAACGCGGUUUGGUUCGUCUUCCAGGCGUGCAUGGUGCCUUUGGUCUCCCUGUUCAGUGACCAUAGCAUGCCUGAGGAAGCUGAGAAAUGGCGAGCGAGCAUUGAGACUGCGCUCGCAUUCUUCGAACGGAUUCAACCUUGGAGCAUUGCUGCAAAGCGCAGUAUGGACGCAGUCUCACGACUCUAUCAGACCUCAAAGGCUCAAUUCCAGCAGCAGCAGCAGCAGCAACAGCAGCAACAGCUUCACAUGCAGCCCCCUGAGCACACACAACAACACAACAACGGCCAUCACGCUCAGUUCAACGGUCACAAUAUUCCUCAGAUGGGCAGUCACUUCGAAUACAACGGAAUCCCCGACGUCACCGGGCUAUCCAUGAACCCGAACGCGGUGGGCACCUGGAACGGGGACCCAGCCGCCAUGCAGCAACUGAACGGCUUCUGGGACGACAUGAUGUGGGAUACGAACCUACCGGACAUGCUCGACACGCCGUUCGGACUCAGCAACGAAUACGAAUUCCAAGGCGCAGCGCAGGACACCGGCGCACCAUGCUGGAUGCAGGGCAAUUGAGAGACGCUGAUGGAUGCCAAGGGUGUAUGUACAGAGGGUUGGCACGUCGGGCUGGCUCCCUCCUAAUAUACUAUACCUACAUUCACGAGGGUUCAAGCCUGUUAAUGGCUACAGUGCACUCUUGAUUUAGGUAUAGAAGAUACAUGAAGCUAGCAUGUGGUCAGCCCGACGUGCCAACCAUCUGUAGGUAGGCAUCGUGGAAAAGCCGG